AUGGAGGCACUAACAGCGAUUGGCUUGAUUGCCAAUAUCGUCCAGUUUGUCGACCUUGGCGCAAAGCUUGUCGGCUCUGCGAAGGAAAUGCGCGACUCUGCCAGCGGCAUGACGUUGGAGAACAAGAGCCUAGAGGAUGUCACCAUUGAGAUGCGCGAUCUAAGUUCGAGUCUGGACCCUCCCACCACUGACGCGGAAAGCUACGAUGAGCGAGUCCUCCGUCAGCUAGCUCGGGAGUGCCGUGAGCUGUCGGACCAGAUCCUCCGCCUUCUGAAGAAGAUUGCUCCAACUAGGCCAGGCUCGAGGCGUCAAAUCGCAGGCUCAUUGAUAAAGAAUCAGAAGUACAGAAAAGAGAAGAAAGAACUCGGAGAGAAGCUAGCCGACUGCCGUAGGCGGCUGCAUCUGCAAUUCGACAAGUUCACCAGUUCGGAAGUACGUGCGCAGCUCCAGGCCCUCGGAAAUCGUGCGCAAUCAAAUCAAGCAAUCUUGCAAACGUUACCGCAACAGAUCGAGCGUGUUCGCCGAGGCACAUGUGUUGCUUCCUUGGGUGUUGAAGCCCUAGAUCAGUUGAAAGACCUACUUGGAUUGACUGAAGUAGCUCAAGAAUCGGUCGUAGCUCGAAGUUUCCUCAAUGAUCUUGCGUUUGAAGGAAUGGAGGCCAGAGCUGAUGUCAUCGCGAAAGAGCACAGCGAAACCUUUCGAUGGAUUGUGGAGCAAGAUGCAGACGUCGACGACGUUACAUUGAAGACUAACGCUCGCGAACUAUACCUUUCAUGGCUACAUCAUGCUUGUGGAAUCUUCCAUAUCGCGGGAAAGCUGGGGUCGGGCAAAUCCACACUCAUGAAAUUCCUGUACAAGCAUCCGGAAACACGUAAACAGCUGUUGGCGUGGGCAGAUAACAAAACGCUGGUGAUGGCAAGCCACUUCUUCUGGAAACCCGCGAAGCUGAAUUUACAAAAGUCACUCACCGGAUUGGAGAGAUCGUCACUUUAUCAACUGCUGUCAUCCCACCCGGAGUUGACGAAGAAGGCAUUCCCAGAGAUUUGGGAACAUCGGAUGAGCAUCAAAGACGAUCGGAUGGAGCUACCACAUAGCCUCUCCCCGGAUGAAAUUCGCGAUGGCUUCAUGGCCCUCCUACGGGAUGAAACCGUUCAGCAAUCAUAUCGAUUCUGUUUCUUCAUCGACGCUUUGGAUGAGUACGAGGACAUACCCCAAUACGAUCAGAAAUACAUGGUCGACACACUCCGCAAAUGGACACAGAUCUCUCCAAACUCCAUCAAGCUAUGUGUAUCCAGCCGGGAAGAGAAUGUGUUUGAGAACGCUUUUGCUGGAGAUCCAAGGAUACGAUUACAGGAUCUCACCAGGCACGAUAUGGAGUGUUUCGUACGUUCUAGGCUUGAAUCUGUGCAAGACCACAACACCCGAGAGCGUCUUAAAAGUGAGAUUGUCAAGAAAUCAGAUGGCAUCUUCUUCUGGGUUGUACUCGUCACCAAACAGCUCCGACAAGCGUUGGAAGACGGUGACGAUGCCUCUGUUUUUGAGAGGGAGUUGGCCACACUGCCUACUGAGUUGAAGAAGCUGUUCAAUCAUCUUCUCGACUCUAUCUCCCCAUUGCGUAGGGAAAGAGCGCAUCAAAUCUUUGCUAUGGUGCUAAAACACGAGACUUUGCCGAUCAAACUAUCGCUACUGUCUUGUCUACACCUUGAUGCAAAUGAAAUGAACGCACUGUCAUCGGUGGAGGAGCCUUCUAUAUUGCCUGUCAUGGACUACCAAGACGGACAAGACCCACAAAAAUGGGGACUGGUCGAGGAUCGAGACCACCCUGAAGUCUGCAAGCAAGAAGGGGGGUCCGAGGACCCCAGACCUGAACCCGACCCUUCUAAACCCGCUGGAUCGAGAUGCAUUCUGUUCGUACAUCGCACUGUUAUCGAAUUUCUUGAAGAAUCAUCAAUCCUGAAGCAUGAAUUGGGCGAGUUCGAUGCGAUUGAAGCAAUCUCACAGUCGCAUUUGGCAGAAUUCCAACGCAUACCUUCUUCUCUUAUCAACCCGCUGUACUGGACAUACCUAUACGGUAAAAUCAUCGAGCUACGGUUUCACUCUGGAAAAGAUAGGUCGCAGGGCGACUUCCUUGUACAGCUGGAGCAUUUGAUCUCACGAAAGUUUCCGGGUUGGCUGGAGAAAGAGCUACCUCCCUCCGAGGAAUGCGUUGACGAUGCUGCAGACGAUUACUGUCAACUCAUCGUCCUAUUUUUGCAGAAGUACGAGAGGAACGUUGUCCACAGAACGAAAAUUGAAUAUGGUGGACAGGGGGAGUUCGGAGGAUGGGAAUGUACAGUUAUGAAGGUAAAGGUACCGGGCAAGGUGUCAGCGGAUAUGAUUUUCAGGGGUUUUACACCUGGAACUACUUGCCAUACUAUUAGCAAGGAACUCGGCCACAACGCCUCAAUGGAGCAGCUGGUGAAGUUGUGGCAUCUCGAGAACGAGCGAGAAAUUCUUGGAUUGCUAGAACAGGAGCGCAGGGCCAUGGAAAGCAAGGAACAAGCCGCGGACCUUGUCGUCACGGCCAAGGAAACCUCCGAGAAAAGCUCGUCCGAUAGCACUCCAGCUUUCGACACAGCGUCUAGGUCGCUUCAGAGGGUCGACAGUGCAGCCGAGAUUCGAAGCGAAAGCGGCGUAACAGCGUCUUGUCCGCCCGUCGAAACCAAAGAAGACGUCGAUACACCCCAAUCCAAGGCCGCCAAAACCCGCUCUAUUCAUGCAUUGGGUAUCGCGACAGGCAUUUCUCUUCUAGGUGAGAAGAUUUCCAUUAAGAAACCGAUGGGCUUUCGCUGA